GAAGCCUUGCGAAUUACAGUUUGGCUCAAAAGAUGGCGUUCAUUGAAAUCACGAUGUUUGAUGCUUCCCGUCUCAUUAUUGUACGAAAAUUGAACGAUUCUUAGCGUCUCUGAAGACGUCUUCUCGUAAACAUCCUUAAAUAAAUCUCGAUACUAAUACAGUCAUAAAAUGCUCGAUGACGAUCAGCUAUCAACAUGAACUAUUAUCGCUACGCGACAAAUCCGUGAGGUUAUGAAAUUACCGCGAAAUACACGCGUCGCCAAAAUAGCCGCAAUUCCAUCAGAAUGGCUGUAAAUAAGAUUUUGUAUUUAACUUUGCUAAUAGUACUGAUAAAUCUUUAUGCAGCCGCUAACGACGAUGCUAAUGUCACUGUUAAGUGCCAAUCUGGCAAGCCGCUACGCAAACAGGUGUCAGCGGAACCCUUGAACGGCAUGUGCCUACGAGAUAUCGUAGGGCAUCUAUCAAAGAGAUUGCGAUCCAUCAUGGAUGAGGAACUCGGCGUAUCCUCGUUCCGAGACACGAUCAACAAGAUGGAAUUCGCGAACAUCUCCAUCAAUCUGGACGCAAGACUGAAUGCACUAGUUGAUAAGUUCAACAAUAAACUAAGAACACACAUUGAUGUCCUUAAGCAGGGCUACAACGCCAUAUACUCCAUCCUGUCGAAAGGAAUUCAUACUAUUUAUUCUAGUCAAACAGUUGAUUUGGACAUUAUGCAAAUGAACAGAGUUUCGGAUAUAUGUACUCAGAUUAUAACAGAAUUUGCAACAAAGUUAAGAAAUCAAGAAUGGAAAAAUUUGCGUGUACUACCAAUAAACCAACCGAGUACGAUAUGUGGACCACCAUUGUUAGGUCACAUUAUUGGAUCAUUUUUAUUAUCUCAAUACUGUCCUGGAAAGAACGUCAUUCUGCUUUUGGAACAUGGCAUGUUUAUGUCUGAAUCUGAUCUUGCUUUGGCCCAAAUAGCAGCCAGAACUAUUAUAGAUAUGCUCUCUGAAACAGAUAAUAUUACUGUUAUUGGCCUUGCUAAUACUGUUCCUUUAUUUUGCAAAGAUGGCUUGUUAAAAGCUACGGAUAUCAAUAAAUUUCAACUAGCUCGUUAUAUCGAUAGUUUAACUAGAACAGAUUCAAAUCAGACGGCAAAGGUUGAUUUUAAGAAAUUAACACAGAAUUUAAGGCACGAAGUGGUUAUUAUACAUUUGACUAACAAAUUAAAAGAUUCGUCAAAUGUGCAAAGAGUGUUUGAAAUAAUUUCAGAAAAACUUAAGACUUAUCUUAAAACUAUACUUAUUCUUUCAGAUCAACCACAUAUCAAUGUUAAACAAUCUUUAAACAAUGAUGUUAUUGUUCUUCCAACGCAAAAUAUUCUUGGAUAUGAGAUAGGAAAACUAUUUUCUUGUUUGCAAUGUUCUGAUUAUCAUAAGAAAGAUUUUUAUAUAUCAGAUCCAUAUUUUGAUCUAUAUAGCAAGACAAUGACAUUAUCUAUUGGACAGAUUACAAGUAUCGCACUAAUAUCCUUAGAUGUAAAAUUAUGUGAUUUCCUUGAUGAUAUAACGUAUUUUAAUACUGGUCCAAACAUAUACGUUAUAUUCUUUGACAAUAAAGGUGUGGUUUGGAUGCAUAAAAAUUUUCCCAGGAUUGAGACAAUAAUUGAGCAGCCACUUAAAGUGCAUCUGCAAGACAUUGAAAAUAUAGAUAAUUGGACAGUGAUGAAAAUGAUAAAUGAGCUUCAAGGAGUCAUAGAUGUAAAAACAAAAUUGGGUGAACAGAAACGGUACCGAUGGAAACACUUAAUUUAUAACGACUUGAUAAUAUGUUUGGUAUCUAUGACUGAAGAGGGAAUAUUGCCUGUUGCGAGAAUUAUGCCUUCACUGCCUACAAACAUAUUACAUCAUCGCCUUGAUCUUAUGCUUCAAACUGUUAUUGAUAAAGAUACUCUUUGCACUUAUAGAAACAGGAUUGUAACUUUAUCAACAGGUGUAGUUUAUUUAUCACCAUGGUGUUUUCAGUCUCCAAUGGAGCAACUGGAAUUAUUAGAAACUGGUUCAGCUAUGACUGUACAAAGUUAUAUGGCAUAUAUAAAAGACUUAACGGGACUUUUAGCUAAUCCUGGUUUACAUCCAUCCGUAAAACCAGAUGUAGCAAUCUUAGCACAAGUCUUGGAGCAUUUCAAAAAGCAACAUAUUGAAAGUCCAUUAAAUAAAUUUGUAAUAAGAAGAUAUGUUGUGAGUACAGUUAGUGGUGUGUUGGAGAUAUUUCCAGGAAUGGUAUUGGAUUCCGGUUUUGAUCCCAAGAGGCAAAUAUGGUAUGGAAAAGCAUUAGAGUACCCUGACAAGAUAAUUUUGACUCCACCUUACUUAGAUGCAGGUGGAUCAGGUUAUGUAGUCACUCUAAGUCAAGUUGUUGAAUACUCUAUGAGCAAUGAAAGUACAGAUUAUGUCAUUGCUGUUCUAUCUAUAGAUAUAACAAUGGGUUAUGUCAUGAGACUGCUAUUAGAGAUGUUUCCAUUUUGUUAUGAUGCAACUGUAAAAUGUUUCUUAAUGGAUGACAAAGGCUAUUUAGUGUCGCAUCCGACAUUGUUGGAAGCAACAGGCAAGAUUGAGCAACAGCAUUUGACACAUAAGGAACUUUUAGUAGCUAAUGACAUAUUGAAUCACGGACUGUUUGUAAAAAAAAAAUUAUGUGCCAAUCACUUGGAGGGUAUUGUGCAAAGAUACUAUCAAUUUAAUAUGUCGCUCGAUGAUGUACUCACUAAUAUAGCACAUGGCGAGCACUGUGUUAGAUAUCAAGUAGCUGCCGUACCAGGUACUAAUGUAUUCCUUGGUGUCGUCAACAUAACGACUCAGUGCAAUCUACUUAGAGCUUUUUGUCCAUGCAGUACGAUGGAUCAUUCAUGCCUAAACUGCAAAAGUAUGGAACAAACUGGUUGCGAAUGCCCUUGCGAAUGCUCCUUGUAUUCUUCUAGUUGUACAGAACAAACUAUCAACAAUUUAAAUUCUUGUCCACCUCUAUAUGAGCAAGGCUCGAGUUUACAGACCCCGUGGAUACAACCGACAAAUUUAAAAUCGUGUCCAUCUAUUGAUUGCAAAUCAUACGUGACGGAGAGAGAUUGCUUGGGUGUCGCGGAUUGUCAAUGGUGUCACGUCGAUACCGAUGGAGAAACACCUUUGCAACAACCAUUUUGCUCCGACAUGUCCGUAUGUUUCAAGGGAAUCUUUGGAUCUUUGAUACCUUACAGCGAUGGCACUUACAAUUCACACUCAGCGGAUGAGGCCGUGAUAGGAGAAUGGCCAUCGGUCGGUCUAGUGGCCGGUGGAAUUCUCGCAUUAGUCUUGAUCCUAGGCGUCGUUCUGUUUUGCUACAGACUCCGAUCAGUAAACUCAGGUGUGGAGCAUCAAUGUUUGCAUCUCCAUACCUCGCCUGACACAUUGCGCAUGACGCAUCUCGAGGGCGAUCUGGAACCUACGGAAUUGGAUCAAACCAAAAGCAAUUUAGAUUGUCUUGUGAGAGAUGGUAUCGCGCCUAUAUCACCGUAUAGAGUUUCUACCAAUUAUAGAAGACCACCUGGUGGGGAUAGCGAUCAUGGAUACAGCACGAUGACGCCACACGAUGAUUCCGAACAGCAGACGUUUGCCUCUGAACCUCUGUUAGUUGUCGAUAAUAAUAUCGAACCGGAUUUAACGAGGCAGUCGAGUAUCGGAAUGCCUUCUCCUACAACAUACUUGGGAUCGCCACAUCAUGUUUUAGCACCUGUGACUGUCCAUCGCGAUAUGGAAACAAACUAUUGUUAGUGAAUUAGAUUCAUAUAUAUAUAUAUACGUAUAUUUAUAUACAUAUAUACAUAUAUAUACAUAUAUACAUAUAUAUAUAUACAGAGUGUCCCGAAACUUUUGAUACACCCGAAGUGUGAAGAUAGAUUGGGCCAAACUGAGUCGAAAAGUCCUGUACCAUUUUCUUCUAUAACAUUUCAGAAAGAAGAUAUUAUUGAGUAAAGUCUGGCUAAUCAGCGCCGAUCUUUAGCCGGACACAUGUCAUUGAGCCGCGCGCCUGGUAGUGGUGCGCCGCUCACUGACAGCUGGACGCUCACGCACACUAUUAGGCGCGUGGCUCACCAAUGUGCGUUUGAUUAAAGAUCGGCGAUGAUUGUCCAGACUUUACUCAAUAAUAACUAUUUUAUUAAGCAUUAUACAAAAAAAAAUGGUACAGGACUUUUCGACUCAGUUUGGCUCAAUUUACCUUCACACUUCGGGUGUGUCAAAAGUUUCGAGACACCCUGUAUAUAUAUUGCCAUUUAUUUGAAAAAGUAAGUUAAUCAAAACUUUCUCAAAAUGUCGUAAAAAGCUACAUCACUUUUUUGCAAAUAUGACCUCAGUAACAUAGCAAUUUACUUUAUUUACAAUUUAUAUGAGAGAAUAAUACUGUUGCAGCUACAAUAGAAGAAUAUUAAUUACUAUCAAAGUGGCGAAGCACAGUUUUUAUCAUUAUCAAAGUGGCAGCACAGUUUUUAUUAUCAAAAUGACAACAAGUACGAAUUUUUGAAUGAUUGACGAACUUAAAAACAUAUAUAAUUUUUAUAAGCUGUCUCUGUCUGUCCACUAAAACUUCUAUGAAAGUGCUAAUAAUAAUUAAUAGGUUGUACAAGUUUUAUAUAAAACAAUUUAGAUGGAUAGUACAUUGUAUAAGAGACUUAACUUAAAGUAUAAAUUUAUAAGUAGAUAUAUAAAGCAAUAAUGAAUUAUUUAUAUAUAAUUCUGAUUACAGAGCAAUUUAGAAUUGUAUAAAAGUAUACUUUUAUACACAUAAGUAGUAUUACGAUUUUCCAAGUAGAGUAUUUUUAUAUGACAAGAUUUUAAUAUUAUAUUUAGAUAGGUGCUAUAUAUUCGUAAUUAUUUAUGCAAGUUAAGAAAUUAAAGCAUUACAAAAUUGUUAUUGUUAAAUAACUGAUAUAAGUAAUUGAAGUAAUUUAAUAUUAACAAUCAUAAUUUGGACAAAAUGGUAAAUCUUAGAUCACUGCCUGAAAUAUUGCCAUUAUACUGCAAUUAAAUUGCAAGACAUAGUUAAUUUUAUAAAAAGAAGAAUAGUAAUGUAAUAUAGAACUGAAAAUAUUUGUUUUUGAAUUUUUUUUCACAUGAUAUAUAUUAUAAAACGGAUAAGACAGUUUACAUGUUAUAAUUCUCUGACUUAUUUUUAGAAAUAUCAAUUUUUGUCUUACAUUUUAAUCUAUAUAGUAUACUUAUUAUCAUGAUUUAAAUAAAUAACAGUGUCAAAACGUGAUAAUACUUUGUAUACUGUGCAGAAAUAAUUUUAGAAAGUUAUACAUAUAGAAUCUAUAAUAUUAUUUCUACUGUGUUCUUAUAUGAGAUUAUUUAAGCAUUUUUCUUGAAAUAAAAUCAUAAUUUUAUCAUUGCACAAAUUAUAGCAUUAAAAAUAAAAAACAAAAAAUCAAA